AUGUAUCACGGAGAUAAAUUAUCGCAUGAUUAUAAAAAAAAUAAAAAAAUAUAUAAAGAGUGUUUAUUAAUGACGAGUCUAAAGCGUUGGAUGACUGAGUUUUGGAAUUAUUUUAUCAAACGAUUUAAACGUUUGCUUAUUGAUAACCGCAGCUCGCUGUCAACUAAGAAAUCAUCUGUCAAAUUGAAAUCUCAUGAAAAAUUACAAGUGCAAUUAAAUUCUAAUAUUAGCAAUAAAGAUAUAAAAUGUAAGACCCAUAGAAGACAUAAACGUAAAAAAUUAUCUGAUAAAAAUGAUUAUGAAGCAAAAAUAAUAAAUAAAUAUCAAGAAACAAUAUUGACAAUUUCACACCGCAGUGAUUCAACAGAUAAUUAUUUAAAACUUUGUAAAAAUAGAAGUUUACUUUUAUCAUCGAGAAAAUCAAAUAAUAAUCUAAAUCAUUAUUACAAGUCUGAUAGUAAAUUAAUUGAUAAGAAAUCUGAUAAAUCUCUAAAUAUAAAUAUGAAUAAAAAUAAAAUUAACAGUGAUUUCAAAAUCAGUAAAAUAAAAUCAUCUAGUAAAUCGUUAUUGGAAUUAAAAUCAUCCGAGUCUCAUUUCAAUUUAGAAAAGCGUAAAUAUAUAAAUGGUGACACUGUUGAUAUUAAAUUGAUACCAGGGCCGUUUUUUGAUAACAAUCCUCGGUCGUUAUCGCAAUCUGAAUCUAAUGUAAGAUCUAAGAGGAAUGAAAUUAAUAAUGGAAAUGAUAACCAAGAAUUAAAUAAUAAAUUAAAUGAGAUUAAAAAAAUAAACGAGUUUAUUAGAAGACGGAGGCCUUCGAAAAUUCCAAGACUUAAACAAAAUGUCAAUCAAAUUGUUUGUAAAAAAUACAAAUUAAUUGAAUAA